UAUUUCUUCUCCGGUUUUACAUUUAGUUUCAAACUCAAGAGCAUACUAAUGCGUGAAUUUUAGUUAAUCUGUGAUUCUCUGGUAAGAAAUUGAAGGAAAACUGCUUGUGUUUCAUUUCUCUAUUCUGAUAAUGGUUAUAGGAUUGGUUGACAAGGUGUUGGAAAUGAAUCACAGUGUGAAAUUUUGUGGAUCCUUGUUCUUUGCAUUUAGAGAUUUGCUGCAUUUUCAAUUGCAUUUAGAGAUGUUUUAUGUAUCCCAACACUAAUUUGAAUGAAACCCACUUUUUUGUUUUUUUUAAUCUUUUUCCAUUUUUGUUAAGAAAAUGUUAAAUUCCCAAAGAAGGCAGAUGGAUUUUUGUUGAUCUUCAUAUGGCUUUUCUCUUGAUUUUGUGAUUUACUUAGGUGUGCCACAAUUCCACACUGCUAGAUAUUUUUUGCAUUUUUCUUUUGUUUGGCUUGGACAAGACAAGCUUAAGAAAUGAGAGAAAGAAAGGGCGAAUACAUAAGGGGUCAAGCACGGCCACUAAGAAGAGUUGUACACUGAAGCGACAAUUCUUAAGGAGGAGGCAGGAAGUAUCUUAAUAUAACCCUUUUCCUCCUCAAUUUCAGUCAUCUUUUUUUGAGGAAAGAACUCAGAGUGGCCAGUAUUUGGAAGAAGACACUGCAGGACUCUGUUGGCUGACAUUCUCUACAAUCAGAAAAAGCGGUGAUGUAAAGCAACAUAAGAAUGUGGUUCCAUACAUGUACUUGGUGGAAUUCUCUCCACUGGCUGCCCAAUUUUGGUUUAGGUUUCCGAGUGGGAAGUUGAAAAGCUUAAAACUUCUUUAACUCAGCUAUAAUGCUGAGAAAUUUUAAUGCUUGUAAUAUAUAUUUAAAGCGUACAAGAGCUGCUUGUAGACAUGUGUCACCCAGUUCUCGAAAUUUUAAAAGGAGCUACUGCAUAGAUGACAGGCAUAAUGAAGUGUUGCCUCUUCCACUUCGUAGUUCUCAAAGUUCUGGUCAGUUUAAACCCAAUUACCAGGUAUUAGCAGCCCUUCUCAAAUCCUGUGCUGCCCUCUUAGCAAUAAAUUCCGGAAAAGCACUUCAUUGUUAUGUUGUCAAGCAUGGUGAUCUUUCAUGCCUCUCUGUCUCGAAAGCACUGCUCAAUAUGUAUGCCAAAUGUGGUGCAUUGGAUGAUUGCAAGACACUCUUUGGUCAAAUGUGUUACUCAGAUUCUGUAAUUUGGAACAUUGUCUUAUCUGGGUUUUCUGCAUCUCGGAAGUACAAUGAUGAGGUAAUAAAGUUGUUUCAUGAUAUGCAUGUAGGUGGGAAGGCUAAGCCGACUUCUGUUACCAUUGCUACUGUUCUUCCUGUGUGUGCUCGCUUAGGGGAUUUAGAUAUGGGGAAGAGUGUGCACACUUAUGUGAUUAAGUCUGGAUUAGAAACAGAUGUUCUUGUGGGAAAUUCUCUGAUAUCUAUGUAUGCAAAAUGUGGGCUAGUUUCUGAUGAUGCAUAUACUGUGUUUGAUAACAUCAUUGACAAAGAUGUCGUUUCGUGGAAUGCAAUGAUUGCAGGGUUUUCUGAGAAUAGAUUGAUAAAAAAGGCGUAUGAGUUGUUCAGUUGGAUGCUCAAAGGACCAAUGGACCCAAAUAAUGCAACCAUUGCAACUAUUCUGCCCAUUUGUGCUUCUUUAGAUAAUAAUGCCUACUGGUCAGGGAGAGAGAUUCAUUGUUAUGUUCUACGCCGGAGUGAACUAGCAGCAGAUGUUUCCGUGUGCAAUGCUUUGUUAAGUUUUUAUUUACUUCUUGGACGAAUAGAAAAAGCGGAAUCUUUGUUCCACAGGAUGAAAUCAAGAGAUUUGGUUUCAUGGAAUGCAAUUAUUGCAGGAUAUUCAUCAAAUGGUGAGUGGUUGAAAGCAUUGGAUUUGUUUCACAAACUAAUCUCUUUACAGACGAUGGGGCCAGACUCUGUAACUAUUAUCAGCAUUCUGCCUGCUUGUGCACAUUUAAAACUCUUGCAUGUGGGGAGAAAGAUCCAUGGGUACAUUCUUCGACAUCCUAGGCUAUACGAGUCUACAGCAGUUGGAAAUGCCAUGGUUAGUUUCUAUGUGAAAUGUGAUAAAAUUAAAGAUGCUUAUGAGACAUUUUUGAUGAUGUCUAGGAGAGAUUUGAUAUCGUGGAAUACCAUGCUAGUUGCCUUUGCAGGUAUUGGCUAUUCUACCAAGUUUGUGAACUUAUUAAAUGGGCUGCUAAAGGAAGGUAUGAUACCGGAUCAUAUUACCAUCUUGACCAUAAUUCAGUUUUGUUCUGCAGUAUUGAGAGUAGAAAAGGUUAAAGAAACUCAUAGCUAUUCAAUUAAGGCUGGGCUUUUGUUGGAUGAUACUGAGCCUAAUAUUGGAAAUGCGAUACUUGAUGCAUACGCCAAAUGUGGUAACAUGGACUACGCAUUCAAGAUCUUUCAGAGUUUAUCACAGAAAAGAGCGACAUGCAAUUCAAUGAUUUCAGCUUAUGUGAAUUGUGGGUCGCAUGAUGAUGCACAAAUGGUAUUUAACAGUAUGUCUGAAACUGAUCUCAUCUCUUGGAAUCUAAUGGUCCGAGCUUAUGCUGAAAAUGAUUGUCCUGCUGAAGCUGUUAAUCUGUUUUAUGAGUUACAAGCUCAAGGAAUGAAGCCAGAUGCAAUGACCAUUAUGAGCCUCCUUCCUGUAUCUGCUCAAAUAUCCUCAGUCCACCUGCUGAGGCAGUGUCAUGGAUAUGUGGUGAGAGCUUUUCUUCAUGACGUUUACUUGACGGGAGCUCUGUUAGAUAUGUAUGCAAAAUGCGGUGCCAUAGUAUGUGCUUAUAAGCUGUUUCAGUCCAGCCUGCAUAAGGAUCUGGUUAUGUAUACAGCUAUGAUUGGUGGGUUUGCCAUGCAUGGUAUGGGAGAGGAAGCACUUGGGGUCUUCUCUCAUAUGCUUGAGUUGGGUAUAAAGCCUGAUAAUGUUAUUAUUACUGCUGUUUUAUCUGCUUGCAGUCAUGCUGGCCUUGUGAAUGAAGGGCUGAAGAUCUUUUAUACCAUAGAAGCGGUUUAUGGUGUCAAACCAACCGUGGAACAGUAUGCUUGUGUGGUGGAUCUCCUUGGGAGAGGUGGGCGUGUUGAUGAUGCAUUUUCUUUUGUGUCCAAGAUGCCUAUUGAAGCAAAUGCCAACAUAUGGGGGACAUUGCUGGGUGCUUGUAGAACUCAUCAUAUGGUGGACUUGGGCCGUAUUGUGGCAGAUCAUCUGUUUGAAAUUGAAGUCGAUAAUAUUGGGAACUAUGUGGUGAUGUCAAACUUAUAUGCAUCAGAAGCUAGAUGGGAUAGGGUCAUGGAGGUAAGACAGCUUAUGAGGAUAAGAGACUUGAAAAAGCCAGCUGGAUGCAGUUGGAUAGAAGUUGAGAGGAGUACAAACUGUUUUAUAGCGGGAGACUUGUCCCAUUCCCAGAGAAGUAUUAUUUACAGUACAUUGAGUACAUUGGACCAACAAAUUAAAGAGCCAGUUUAAUUAAGACUUGACACUAGAAACACUUAAAAUGUUUUUGAAUUCUAACCUCGUGUUUGCUUUGCUGACGGUCCUCUUAUUUUUGUUAAAACAACAAAGAAAGCAACCAAAUUGUUUCUACAUUCAUUGGAUAUUACUUAACUUUAUAACUUGAAGACAACAAGUAAUUUUCAUGAAUGCUGACAUUAAUAGUAAUAUUUAUAAUUAUACUGCUUAAUGUCUACAUAUUCCACUUAACAAUAUAAUGCAUGGAAAACAUUAUUCGUUUCUAUCUUUGAAGCACCAUUUUAUGCAAAACUAUACUAAAAUCAGGACAGGAGCUUGUUGAUCACAUUGUAUGAUCUAUCCUCUUGAGUACAUAAGUUUACGUAUAUGACUGCAAUUGUGCCUUGCUUGAAUAGUUAGGUGUUUGAUCUUUUUUUAUGAUGCCAAAAGACAAAAGGCUCCGGUGAUGCCCCUGCUUAUGGAAGCUGGGAAUAACCCUGUGGACCCUCUGUCUUCUGUCAAUAGACUUCUUCCUUUUCUUGACAUUAGCCUCGAGUCUUUUUUGAGUUAUCAGGUUCAUCUUUCUGUGAAUGUAGAGGCUAAUUUCCAGGUUGUUCACAUAGUUCUGUAUGGGUAUCUGGCGAUUCUAAUAUGUAAUUCAAACUUAUGAUAUGUGCUCAACUUUCUCUCAGUUUUUUAUCUUUUUAUUUUUAUUUUGUCUGUGUUUGUUUUUAUUCUGGUAGUUAUAAUUUUAUGUAUUUUGUGGGUGCAAAAUUUUGAAUUUUUUUUUUCUUUUAAUGUUAGGUUGUGUGUUCUUCAAGAGCUUGGUAUUUCUUGCUUGUGUGUAUGUCUGUGUAUUAUAUAUAUAUAUAUAUAUAUAUUUAUGAUAGAGGAAAAAAAAAAACUAGUUUUAGCCUUUAGGUAUGAUACAUUGCAUUUUUGUUUUUCUUUUCCUUAUGACAGAGCACCUAACCCACAUUGAUCUUGAGGGAUGUCUGAAAUUUCUCUGCUCGAUAUACAUUUUGAAAUGAAUAUUUGGUGUAAUUAUUUUCGCAUAAAGUCGGGGGGGGGGGGGGGGGAAUUCU